UUUUCAAGUAUUCAUCGGUCUCUUGUGGGUCUCAGUCAGGGACCUACUUUGUGGGAUUGCCCGGAUAAUUGAAUUAUUGAAGUGAAUUAUUGAAGAUGUGAAAUUUUUUAGAGUACGGUAACAUCAGCGAAGUUUAAUCGUCAGAUUUUUUUUUUCUUUUACCCCUUGAAAACUGUUACUGCUUCCUAUAAUAAUUGGUGAUAGAGAGCCGAUUGUUAAUGGUGCAAAAACCUGGUAACUAGUUUCCGAUGGGUUGAUAGAUAAGGGUAAACUCCUCUAGGAUUUUGGUCCAAGUGUUGCAAGUUUAGGGAGCGCUUUGAUACACACACUUAUUUACUUGGGACUGAAGUGAAACUUUUUAUCCGGAUGGUGUAGACUUACUGAUUACAAGAGUGAACAGUGAGAUCCUUUGGAAUUAUGCUAUUAACAUGUCAUUGUCUGCAGAAUGAAAGGAGGAGAAAAGCUGUACCACUUUUCUUGCUCCGAAUUUUUAGACCUAAUCUAUGAUUUUUUUUGCAUCCUUGCUUAAGUUAUCUGUUUUAUAAAGAUGGAAAUUGAUAUCUGCGUAAAAACUUGCUUGGAUUGAAAAUUGGUUGCUAGUUUAGUUCAACCUCUCUGAUAUUUGUUGCGUUUUUCAGUGAAGCAUAUUUGAAGUGUCAUCAGCAAAUGCUUUUAGCGAAAAAAUUGGGGAAGGGGUGAACGAACUACUGUUAUGUUAAAGUGGAUUGACAUUUUUCUAAGUUGCACUCCUCUAGAUCUGAAAAACAGAGAUGAUUGGACUCUGAUGCUGUUGGAUGUAUAGGUUGCUUCUGUUUUAUAUGAAGACUGUGCUUAGUGUUCUAUGAGUUCUAUCUCUCCGAUGGAUUGGAAUGCCAAAACGCCUUUGCAAUGGGACUGGGAAAACUUGAUGAUGUUAAAUGCAACACCCGCUGAAAUUCCAAGGAAGCUCAGACCUGAAGAGUGGGAUAUUGAUGGAGAGGGAGGAAUGAACUCAGGGUCUUUCUAUUCUUCUGGUGCUGCUGGAGGUAGUGGUGGUUCUGGCUCAGAUUUGGGCCUUGCUUCUUUGUCUAAAAGUUCAAAAUCGGCAUCUAUUAAUUCUUCUUCUAUGGGGGAGGUAAAAAUGACCAAAUUUACUUCGGAAGCCUUUGAAGCUAUCCCAGAUGAUAUUAGCAACCAGAACGAAGCUUUCAGGGCUGAGCUGGCUGGUACUUCCCCAACACUUGAGGCUUCAGUUGGCUCUGGUGAGCCAUUGCUCAGUUUAAAGCUUGGUAAACAGACAUACUUUGAGGAUGUUUCUGGAGGAAGCAAUACUAAGAAUUUGUCUUAUUCUUCCACUUCUGGACAAUCUCCUGCCCAAGCAAAGAGAUCUAAACCCAAUUGUCAGGGCAUACAUGUUCCGCGUUGCCAAGUUGAAGACUGUAACUUUGACCUCUCCUCAGCGAAGGAUUACCAUCGGAAACACAGAAUUUGUGAAAGUCAUUCAAAGAGUCCAAAGGUCAUUGUACGUGGUCAGGAACGCCGGUUCUGCCAACAGUGUAGCAAGUUCCAUGGCCUGUCGGAGUUUGAUGAAAAGAAGAGAAGUUGUCGCCGGCGCCUUUCUGACCACAAUGCAAGACGCCGCAAACCACAGACAGAAGCAUUCCACUUCAGUGGUACAAGAUUUUCAUCUUCACCAAAUGAUGGGAAGCAACAGAUGAGUUUCAUCUGGAAUAAAGUGCCAUUUCUUCAUAAUGCUAGACCCAAUGAAAUUUUUACAUGGGAAGGCACAUUUGAUUCCAAGUCCUCUCAAAUGAAAGGUUAUACGCCUACAAAAGUUGGAAAUGUUAAUGGACAGCCAAACCUCCCUGGCAAUCAGCUUUUGAAUUCCAUCACAAUGCGAUGUCAUGAUUCCAAUGGAUUCCUGCCCUCCAAGGGCAAGCAAAGUAUAGAUGACAUUCUCAACCAAAGUGUAGAAGAAUCCAGAGUUGAUUCAAACAUGGCUACGACGCAAGAUCUUCAUCGUGCUCUCUCUCUUCUGUCAAACGAAUCCUGGGUUUCUUGUGAGCCAAAACACGGUUCAAUUGCAUACCCCGUGCAUGUUAACCCUAGUACCAGUAUGUCUCAGCCAGCAAUGAAUGCAAUUUCACGAGGAUUUCCAAGUGCCUUAUCUGAAAACUGGCAGAUGGAACAGCAGACAACUGAAUCUCAAGUGCAUAAUAGUGAUGGUGACAACCAUUUCCAAGAGUUCCAGCUGCUCAAGGCUCCCUAUUAUAGUGGCUUUUAUUCCAAUCAAUGAGCUGAAUGAGUGCGCUCAAUUCAGCCAAUUUGAAAUUUGUGAUCCCACACUCAAAGCUUAAACAAUGUUUUGUUUUGGUAGGAACUCUCGGAUAUUCCAGUUUGCUGUUUUUCUUUUUCUAAAAAAGAAUUUUUCAUUUACUUUUACAA